AUGAGAGAUUUUUGGCUUCUUCUCUCCUUCUUCUUCACUUCGGCGCUCGCGCAGAAUUUCACCGAAGAGAUUCACUUUAUCGUUUAUAAAGACAAUCAACCCAGGAACACUUCUGAAUAUUCCACUCGAAAUCCAGUUGAUCUUGGCUUCUGCAAUCCGGGCGAUGAGGUGGCAAUGGUUGUUCACGGAUGGACUGAGAGUUGCUCAACUGAAUGGGUUUUGGAUCUCAUUUCAAAUUUGACUGAAUUCCGUGGCGAAUGCAUCGUUUGCAUGGAUUACAGUCGCUUCUCCAAGAAUCCCGACUAUUUCGCCCUUGUGCGACAAUUUGACAAGAUCAAUAAUGUUCUCUACGAACAAUUAGUGGACUACAGAAGAUCCGGUCUGGAUCCCAGUGAUAUGUACAUGUUCGGGUUUAGCUAUGGAGCUCACUUGUGUCUCCAAUCGGCGGCUCUGCUUGGCGAGCGAGUGGUCAAAGAGAUCGAUGUGUGCGAUCCUGCUGGGCCAGGCUUCCCAAAUAUGCCCGACGCCACGAUUUCCGCCGAGAAUGUCCAGUGCGUGCACACGAGCGCCGACAAGGGCACGCACAAGAGGAACUGCCACCAGAACUGGAACAUGGGCCAGUGCGGAAGAAGCCAAAUCGGCGCUGGACCGUAUCCCAAGGGAUCCCACGGCCUGUGUCCUUACUUCUACAACAGCGCCUUCCGCAGCUCCUUCGUAGCCAUCCCGAAGCCCCCCUUCUGCGCCAAGACGGAGAGGGACUGCACUGACUAUCCCGAGAACUUCCAGAUGGGCUACAUGGAGAGACGCAAGCAUAAAGUCUUCGGCACACUUUACGCCGCGACCACGCGAACAUUUCCCUACAAUUAAUCGCUAAUUAUUAUUAAUUUCUACCAUCAGCACCUGCUUGAGUGGCUAAUUGAAAUUCCUCAGGAAGAGACACACAUUUGGGGGAAAAACAGUGAAAAGCUUCGCAAACAGACGUCAACUUUAUCAAACACAACAGAAAAAUGAACCAUAAAUUUGUUAGCAAAUAUCAACAGAGAUAUCUUUUAAGCGAAAAAUGUAGUUUCGGUUCUUCAGUUGGUAAUUGAUGAAAUUUAAAAGAAUUU